GAGGUCAUGUGCAUCGUCAUCCUCUAGUGGUUCAUGCCGUCAGUGCCGUUGGAAGCCAUAUAUGCCGCAUCGUCAUCUUCCAGAUCAGAGUUGCACAAAGUUUCGGCUUUGUUCGGUUGUCCUUAACAAUGGAGGUGUUGCCACAUAUUCAAAAGAAGAGAGAACUAAACUGGGUUUGUAUUGAACUUAGAGCCGAUUUCCUCAUUAAAAAUGAUUUUAAUGGUACAAUGUUCUCUCACUUAAUCUGCACCGUCCAUCUGUCCUUCACCACGUUUGGUCUUCUGCACCUAAAAUUACACAAGAAUAACAUAGGAUAUGGAUCCCAAAUAUGUCAUCUUCUCUCUCUCUUAUUAAAUUUUAUUGGGUGGGUGGCGAACUGCCAAGCCAUUUUCUCUGGUCUUUCAGUUAUAACCAUAGAUCUGGCAUAAAGUUAAUCUGAAUCGUCCACUGAUUUUCCACCUCACCGUAGUCAGUCCAACCAUCCCAGCCCCCUCCCCGCAUUGCCUCUCGGCCCUCUCCUGCUAUGAACACAAACACUAACCAGAACCUACAGGUAUCAGUAGGUCUUCUCUACAAUGGUUUCUCUCUAAUGGCGUUUAAAAGAAGAGGAUUUGUAGGGUUACUUGCGCAUUUCAACAGAAACAGGUACCCGCAGCUCCCUUCAAAUUCAUAUAUUUCAUCAUUUGUUUCGUUUUCAACCCUAGAUUUAACAAAAAUCUCUUCGAUUCGUGAACAACCAUCGUACGACCAAAUCAAUCAUGUAUCGUCUAAUAUGGACGAACUAUCUGUGCUGAAUGUGCUCUCUAAUUUGUUGCCUAUCCAUCCAAAAACAUCAACAUAUCGUCCCUUUGCUGAAAGUUCAUCCGAGAAACAAAUUCAAUGUAGGGAAGUGGGUGGAUAUUUAAGGCCCGCAGAGAAACUGAGAGGGGUUUUCCUUCAGAAACUCAGCGGAAAAUCUGCAAUUGAAUCCUCCCUAACGGCCACCUCUGUGGAUUUAACUUUAGAUAUUGUUGCGGAAGUAGUUAACAGAGGAAACUUAGGUAGAGAGGCAAUGAUGAACUUUUUCAAUUGGGCAGUCAAACAACCUUCAGUGCCCAAUGACCUUCAGACUUACCAUAUAAUUCUCAGGGCAUUGGGUAGGAGAAAAUUCUUCAAAUGUAUGGAAGAAAUCUUGAAUGAUAUGAACAAACAUGGUAUACACCCCAGUUCAGAGACUCUUUCGAUUGCAAUGGAUAGCUAUGUUAGAGCUCGCAGAGUGUCAAAAGCAGUUCAAAUGUUUCAGAGGUUAGAAAAGUUUGGGUCUGAAAGUGAUACAGAGUCUCUUAAUGUGCUUCUGUGCAGUCUAUGCCAGAGAUCUCAUGUUGGUACUGCAUAUGCGCUAUUUCUUGCAUUGAGGCGGAAGAUGCCCUUCAACCGUACAACAUAUAGUAUUAUCAUCAGUGGCUGGUCGAAAAUAGGCAGGGUUAGUGAAAUAGAAAGGACUUUGAAAGCAAUGAUGGAAGAUGAGUUAGAUCCUGACUGCUUAACUUUUAGUUACCUUCUUGAGGGUCUAGGCAGAGCUAGUCGUAUUGAAGAUGCUGUUGAGGUAUUUGACCAGAUGCUGCAGAAAGGUUGUCCACCUGAUACUGUUGCUUACAAUGCCAUGAUUUCUAAUUUUUUGUCUGUUCGAGAUUUGGAUUCAUCUGUGAAAUAUUACGAGAAGAUGUUGGAGAUGAAUUGUGCUCCAGAUUUAGAUACUUUUACCAAAUUGAUUAGUGUUCUUCUCAAGUCACGCAGAGUUGCCGAUGCACUUGAAAUGUUUGAUGAGAUGUUAUGGAGAGGAAUUAUCCCUAAAACAGGGGUGGUGACAUCUUUUAUUGAACCUUUGUGUAACUUUGGUCCUCCACAUGCUGCUAUGGUUAUUUACAAGAAAGCAAGAAAAGUAGGAUGUAUAAUAUCGUUGAAAGCUUAUAAACUGUUACUGAUGAGACUCUCCAGGUUUGGUAAAUGUGGAAUGGUGUUGAAAGUCUGGGAUGAGAUGCAAGAAAGUGGUUAUUCUUCUGAUUCAGAUGUUUAUGAGUUUGUCGUCAAUGGGCUUUGCAAUAUAGGGCAGCUGGAAAAUGCUGCACUUGUCAUGGAAGAGUCCUUGUGUAAAGGAUUUUGCCCUAGCAAGUUCAUCUAUAGCAAAUUGAAUAACAAGCUAAUUGAUGCAAGCAGAGUGGAAAGGGCUUACAAGCUUUUUUUGAAAAUAAAAAAAGCUCGUCGUGCUGAAAAUUCGCGGAGGUUUUGGCGUGCUAAUGGUUGGCACUUUUGAGUUUGUAUUUUUAUUAGAUUAAGAGUGCUGAGAAUUUGUAUUAUCUGUGCCACUUGUUUUCUCUAGGUGGUUCUUAAUCCACCCAAGUGAUCAGAAAGACUUCUAUGUAUUCUGACAAACUAUUUUGUAUUUUCUAUUUUGAAUGAUAAAUAGAGUAAUGCUGUAUAUGUUGUCA